AUGAAACUCAGGCUGGUAUCCGACGAGGAUCGCCUGUGGACGGGCCGCCUCUUGGAGGGCCUGACAGACGCCCACUUCAAGGAGCGCCUGCCGCGCCUGCUGGGGGCCGCCGGAGAGGGCGGCGGGGCAAUGAGCGACACAGACCUGAUGGCGGGCCUGAGGGGCCUCAUGUUUGGAGACUUCCUGAACACCCCCGCGGGCUCAGAUUCCCGGCAGUACCGCCAGCUGACGGACCCCUCGAAGCUGCUGACCGCAGUCAGCGACGCCCUGGCAGAGAUGAACGCGGGCAGCAAGAGGCCCAUGGCGCUUGUGCUGUUCCAGUUUGCGCUGGAGCACGUGUGCCGUAUCGCCCGCGUAAUCGGCACACCCGGCGGGCACGCGCUGCUGGUUGGGCUGGGCGGGAGUGGCAGGCAGAGCCUCACGCGCCUGGCCGCAUACAUGGCUGACAUGGAGGUGGUCCAGAUUGAGAUAUCUAAAACAUACGGCCAGGAGGAGUGGCAUGAGGACCUGCGGAAGCUGCUCAAGAAAGCUGGGGAAGCCAGCAAGAAGGUUGUCUUCCUAUUUAGCGACACCCAGUGCCGCAGCGAGUCAUGGGUUGAGGACGUGUCAAACCUCCUGAACACCGGGGAGGUGCCUAACCUCUUGUCACCAGGCGACCUGGCCGCGAUGGCUGAGACGAUGCGGCCGCGCGCCAAGGCCGCCGGCAGGGACACCGCGUCAAAGGAUGCCAUGGCUGCUUUCUUCCUGGAGGAGGUGCGCCGCAACCUCCACAUCGUUCUGAGCUUCUCCCCAGUCGGCGACGCCUUCAGGGAGCGCCUGCGCAGGUUCCCGUCCCUGGUCAACUGCACCACAAUCGACUGGUUCACCGCUUGGCCGCGUGAUGCCCUGCACUCCGUCGCCACCAACUCGCUCGCCGGCCUUGUCGGCGUGGACGACGCGGUAGUGCGGGCGCUGCCCGGCGUGGUGGUGGCUUUCCACGAGGACGUGCAGGCGCUGGCGGGGCGCUUCCUGGCAGAGCAGCGGCGCCACUACUACGUCACGCCCACCAGCUACCUGGAGCUUCUGGGAAGCUACAAGAAGCUGUUGGGCAAGCGCCAAGAUGAGGUGAUGUCUGCCAAGCGCCGCUAUGAGGUGGGGCUGGAGAAGCUCGCGACCACUGAAGAGUCCGUUGCAGGCAUGCAGGCGGAGCUCACGGCCCUCCAGCCGCAGCUCGAGGAGAGCGGCCGCGAGACGGCCGCCGCGAUGGCAGAAAUUGCCGAGCGCAGCGCGGAGGCCGACAAAGUGAAGGAGGUGGUGCAGCGGGAGGAGGCGGCGGCGGCCGGGGAGGCGGCGAAGGUCAAGGCCAUCAAGGACGAGUGCGAGGCUGACCUGGCGGAGGCAUUGCCCGCGCUCGAAGCGGCCCUGCGUGCGCUGGACACGCUGACAAAGAAUGACAUCACCGAGGUGAAGGGCAUGAAGAGCCCGCCAUCUGGCGUGAAGCUGGUGCUUGAGGCCGUGUGCAUCCUGAAGGGCGUGAAGCCCGUGCGGCUCAAGGACACCAACACCGGCCAGAUGGUGGACAACUAUUGGGAGGCGUCAAAGAAGAUGCUCAUGGAGGACGACUUCCUUGGCGGCCUCAAGCGCUACGACAAGGACCACAUUGACCCGGGGGUGGUUAAGAAGAUCCAGGCGUACGUGGCAAAUCCCGAUUUCACGCCUGACAAGAUCCAGCAGGCGUCUCAAGCGGCGUACGGGCUGUGCUGCUGGGUGCGCGCCAUCGAGUUGUAUGACAGGGUGGCCAAGGUUGUUGCCCCCAAACGGGCGGCCCUGGCCGAGGCAGAGGCGCAGCUUGCCACAGUGAUGUCAGCGCUGGCCUUGAAGCAGGCGGAGCUGAAGAAAGUGAUGGACCAGCUGGCGGCGCUGGACAGAGACCUCAGAGAGAAGACUGCGCGCAAGGAGUCGCUGGAGCGGGAGGUCGAGCUCUGCAAGGUCAAACUGGACAGGGCGCAGAAGCUCAUAUCGGGGCUGGGGAGUGAGAAGACGCGCUGGCGCGACGCGGCGGCGGCGCUGGGGCGGCAGUACGUGGCGCUCACAGGGGACGUGCUGCUCGCCGCAGCUCAGAUCGCCUACCUCGGGCCCUUCACCCAGGGCUACAGGUCCGAGGCGCUGCGCUCCUGGGCGGCGUGCUGCACCGCGGCCAAGAUCCCGUGCCACGAGGGCUUCCGGCUGUCGACCGCGCUGGGGGACCCAGUCAAGAUCCGACAUUGGAACAUCUGUGGCCUGCCAAAGGGUCUGGCGAACAAAUGGAUCAGGGCGCUGGAGAAGCAGGCCGGGCUUCUGGCAGUGAAGCAGAGCGACCCCAGCUUCCUGCGCACCCUGGAGAAUGCCAUCCAAUUCGGCAAGCCCGUGCUCCUGGAGAACGUCGGGGAAUCUCUGGACGCAUCGCUGGAGCCGCUGCUGACGCGCGCGGUGUUCAAGCAGGGCGGCACGGCCUGCAUCAAGCUGGGCGACGCCGUCGUGGAGUACAGCGAGCAGUUCAAGCUGUACAUCACCACUAAACUUCGCAACCCCCACUACGCACCGGAGGUCUGCACAAAGGUGUCCCUGCUCAACUUUUCCACCACCCCUGAGGGCCUGGAGGACCAGCUGCUGCAGGUCCUGGUAGCGGCCGAGCGCCCAGAUCUCGAGGAGGAGAAGAACAGGCUCAUCCUCGCGGGUGCCGCCAACAAGCGGCGCCUCAAGGAGACCGAAGACGAGAUCCUGCGCGUGCUGAGCAGCAGCAGCGGCAACAUACUGGAGGACGAGGCCGCGGUCAACGUGCUGCAGGCGUCCAAGGUGUUGGCCGAUGACAUCAAGGCCAAGCAGAAGGUGGCCGACGAAACGGAGGCCCAAAUCGACACGGCUCGGCAAAGCGCGUAG